AUGUCUGCUUUCGAUGGAAAUCGUGAUGGUUAUCUUGAUGCAGCUGAAAUAGCUGAUGCAAAUGAAGUUCGAUUUACUGAUGUAAAUCGAGAUGGUGCUCUUAACUUCAACGAAUUCGCUCGUGUUGAAAAUCCGAAUAAAUUUGCAAUGUACGAUACAAAUCGCGAUGGAUUAGUUGAUACUCCUGAAUACGCAAGAGGAGAACUCAAUACUGAACAUCGAUAUGGGUUCUAA